AUGCGACUAGAAGAGGGCUUGCUAUUUUCAGCUUUUAGAGUGACUUGGGCUUUGGCAAGGAGGGGAGAUCUCUCUCUCUCUCUCUCUCUCUCCCUCCCUCCCUCCCUGUCUCUCUCUUUGGUUGUCUGUCAUCACUACCACCAUCAGCAUCAUCACAAUCACCAUCAGCACCAUCACCAUCAUUACUAUCACGUCAUUACUAUAAGCAUCACACUCACCACAGGAGGGAAGAGCUCACCACGGAACAUAUUCCCAUCUGUGCUUCUGUGCUUAUCACACUUGAAUAGGUUUUAUAAUUUUCUUUGUCUAUUUAAGAGUUCCUGGCGCCAGGGUCUGCACCGAAACAUAGCAGAGGUUGGGUCCAAGUCAGUGCUGUUCGUGUGUCUCGGUAACAUUUGCCGGUCACCCAUUGCAGAAGCAGUGUUCAGAAAAUUGGUAACUGAUGAAAACGUUUCAGAUAACUGGGCCAUUGACAGCAGCGCCGUUUCCGACUGGAACGUGGGCCGGCCCCCAGACUCAAGAGCUGUCAGCUGCCUAAGAAAUCAUGGCAUUAGCACAGCCCAUAAGGCAAGACAGAUUACAAGAGAAGACUUUGCCACAUUCGAUUAUAUACUGUGUAUGGAUGAAAGCAAUCUGAGAGAUCUGAAUAGAAAAAGUAAUCAAGUUAAAAACUGCAAAGCUAAAAUCGAGCUACUUGGGAGCUAUGAUCCACAGAAGCAGCUCAUUAUUGAAGAUCCCUAUUAUGGCAAUGACUCUGACUUCGAGGUGGUGUACCAGCAAUGCCUUAGGUGCUGCAAGGCCUUCCUGGAGAAGACUCACUAGCUGGUCCUAACCACCACCACUGAGCAACCCACUCCUCAGUGCUGUGCCCAAGGGUGGUGGCAGUCCUUAGCCCCAUACCCCACCUCUCUUUUCAGCUGACUUACUGUAUAUCUUUAAAAUAAUUGUAGGUGGAAAUCAGGCAUUUGUUCAGAAGGAUAAAAACAUUUGAGGCAGACAUUUGAGGUGUGGCUCAGUAUUCUUAGACUAACAAAAGCUCUGGCCUCGCCAUAAUUACAAAAUAGUGGAACGAGCAACUGUGGAACAAAAGAAAACCCAAUAAAGUAAGAAUGACCCACAAGGUCCAGAUCAGCCUUUGAGCCCAGCGAGCCUGGGUAGUCUGGUCUAACUGGAGUGUGAGCAUGGCCAGCACCCAGUGUGCUGUUUGCUUGCCUUACACUCUCUAUUCUAUAUUGUCUCUUAUUGUGACAAUAUCUCCAUCCAUGGCAGCCUUCCAUUUAACACUGGGAGAGUUUAAAC